UUUUAUAUCCUUCUAUGGAUGAAGAUCCACCAGAAGCUGCGUAUUGGAAACCUGCUAUUUGUACUUAUUCCUGUGCGCUCAGAACGGACUCUUGGUCAGCAAUGAUAUACUACUAUGGACCCAUUUCGAUUUUAUUACUUUUCAAUAUAAUGUUUUUUGUUUCAACGGCAAGGUGGUUUUAUGUGAAUAAUAGAGAUAUUGAUAGUACAUUGUCAAAUCAAGCCGAAAAAACACAAAAACAACAGAGUUAUGCUAAUUUUGUGAUGUUCUUACGCUUUUUUAUUAUUUAUGUUGUGGUGUGGUUUGUUGAAAUUAUUUCAUACCUCAUGGGCGAAAAACCUCAUUUUUGGAUUGAUGCAAUAACUUCGGCUCAGGGCAUUAUACUAUUUAUCUUAACUAUUUUUAGAAAGGAAGUGCUCGUUUCUAUCUCUGAUCGAUUAAGUGGACGAAAAUAAUUAUGCACCUAUACAUGAUUCUGCGCAGCUUCUAAUAUAAUACUGCCAUAGGAUCAAAAAACAGAGCGAUUACAGUAGUAGUUAUAUAGUUAUAUAAAAGUGUAAAAUGUAAUAUAAUAACUACACGUAAAAUUUGCUAUUCAAACGCAUUCUAAUACAUUUGCAGUAAGAGUAAUUCGAAAUAUAUAAGGGACCGAACACAAAUUAUGUAUAUGUAGAAAUGACUGUUUCGUGAUAAUAUUAAUAUACAUAGCUGAAUUUAGAUCUCUUUGUUAAGUAUUUCUCAUUAUUAUAAAGUAUUUUCUUAGGCUUGACCUUAUUAGUUAUGGCUCAAUACAGGAAGGUCGUUCUUUUCGUAAAGUCUCGUUUGCCUUGUGGUAUGUACAAUGUAGAUGUAUAGUAUGUAUGCAUGUAUGCAACUAAAUAAUAAUUAAAGCCGAUAUUCUGAGUAAUCAA